GCUCCCUCUAUUUUUUCUUUGAAAAAGUGGGUAUCAAAAAUUUCAUAUGAGAGAAUGGCAAUUCGCAUUACAUUAGAAUGUGGGCACGCAUCAAUGUUACGUAUGCGUACCACCCCUCAGGGUUAUACUCAUGAUUGGGAAGUAUUUGUGCGAGGUAUUGACAAUGCUGAUAUUCACCACUAUGUUGAAAAAGUGGUCUUUCAAUUACAUGAAACAUUCUCAAAACCAAAGAGGGUCUUAAAAGAGCCACCAUUUGUGAUAAAAGAGUCUGGUUAUGCCGGUUUUGAGAUUCCAAUUCAUAUUUAUUUUAAGAAUAAGGAUGAAGGUUGCAAAAAGAUAGAAAUUUUAUAUGAUCUUGACUUACAAACAAGUGGUCCUGCAAUUACAAAUGUCAUGAGGCAUACCGAAAUAAUUACUAACCCUUCAGAAGAAUUUAAGAGGAAAUUAUUGAGGGGUGGUGGUGUUGUUGUGACCGGUUCUGAAAAUUCAGCCGAGAAGUGUGAACCUAAAGCACUAACUAUGGUUGGCAAACCAAAAUUGAGUGGAAGUGAGUCGAAAAAGCACAAAAAUACAGAGUCAAAAACUUCGAAUUCUUUUGCCGAAUUAUUUGGAACUCCUUUGAAACCUACAAAAGUUUCUCAAGACUCGAAGAAGCCUACACAGCCAGAAAAAUCGUCGGCUUCCAAAUCGUUAGUUACCACAGAGAAGUCUGAUAAGGUGGACAAAACAAAGCUCAAAGAUAGUCCUCAUAAAGAUAACAAGAAAGAGAAGGUAGAUGAUAAAAAAGAUAAAAGGAUCAAAGAUCAAUCUAAAGAUAAAAAUCGAAGCAAAGAAAAAUCAAAAAGGCCUCCUAGUCCUGGAAAUAAAAGUCACUCUAGCCCUUCAAAUAAAAGGCCUCCAUCACCUCCGUCAGUCCCAUUAAAGAGACCUCCUAGCCCUUCUCUUCCUCCCGCAAAGAGACUGGCUUCUCCGAAAUCGAAGGAAAGGGAAUUAAAAAAGAUAACCAUUGAAAAAGAGAAGGAUAAGAGUAAAGAGAAAGACAAAGCCAAGGAUAGCUCUAAAAACGUUGUCGAUUCUUCUAAGAGCGAAAAGAAGAAGGAUAAGAAAAAGCAUAAAGAAGAUCGGGAUAAAGAGCGGAAGGACAAGUAUAAAGAUGGAGAACGGUCUGCUUCGAAGGAAAGCGUGAAAGUGCCGGAAAAGAAAAGCGACAAACCAGAGAAACCGGAAAAGUCCGACAAAGAGAAGAGCCAAGAGUACAAAUCGGCAAAGGACGGAAGGAAGUCGCCGAAACCUCCGAAGGAGAGUGAUAAACCAAAGGAUGAGAAAUUGUUGAAGAUAGAAAAAUCAGAAAAGACCGAGAAGUCCGAUAAAACGAAGGACAGUAAAAGUGAGAAGGAGAGGCAAAAGCAUAAGCACAAGAAAAGGGAUAAAAAGGAUAAGCGGGAUAGUAGUAAAGAUAGGGACAAAAAAGAAAAACGCGAUAGGAUAAAAUCCUCAACGGAGAAGCAAAAUAAUGUGCCUAAUGUUCCAGUAGCUAAUCCCCUUUCGGCUCUAUUGGCAGAAAUGCCAGAAAGGGAUAGUAGCGAUUCAGCGCCAUCCAUAGAUGACGAGUCCUUUUCCGAAUCAAAAUUAGUGCCUACGGUUAAAAAAGAGGUAGAAAAUCUAACGGUGUCCACGCCACCCACGGAAAUGGCAAAGCCACUUUCGCCUGCAAUUCCAAUUCCGGAUAUUAAGAAGGAAAAAGUAGAUCGAAAUAAAAGGGAGAAACCGAAAGGAAGCAAAGGUGAAGAAAAGGAAACCCGAAAGAGGAAACGAAGAAGCGACAGUAAAGGCGACGAUGAUCAUGUGGUUAAAAGAGAAAAGGACAGGGGUCAUUCGGCGUCCCCACCUUUGGAACCCGUUUCUUCGAGUCAGUCGCCGGUCGCGUUGGAUCAAGAAACGGUUCACACGAAGGAUAAAGAGGAUCGAGGCGUGAUGGAACAGGUCGCGGAGAAAGGUAUCGAGGCAGAAGCGGAACAAGUGGCACCUGAUUCGACGAAUAGUACUUUGGUUGACUCGGACAUGGGAGAACCGCCAGUGUUUUCGGAAGAUUAUGUGUCACAGUUGAAGGACUUGCAACAAAAGAUAAUGACUUUGCAAGAUAAUCAAGAGUUACAAAGAGUUGUUCAGGUGAUCGCAGAAACCGGUCAAUACGAGAUCACGAAGAAGACAUUUGACUUUGAUCUGUGCGCUCUUGAUCGUAGAACGGUGCAGCGUCUACAACAAUUCUUUCCAUCGUGACCGUCUGUAGCUUAAAUCAUGACAUCCUUUAUUACAUACUAUUAUUAUAUGUAUUAA